AUGCAGUGUGAUCCAAUCGUAUACGAUGUGUCCAACGUGUCGUCUUACGUGGUGAAUGCGAUGGGUAGCCGAUGUUUAUCCGACGCGAUUCUAAUUCCUACUGCGAUCACCUAUUCAAUCAUUUUUAUCGUUGGUACAAUCGGAAACAUUUGUACAUGCUUGGUGGUUAUCCGGAACAAAUCGAUGCAUACACAUACAAAUGUUUACCUAGUCAGCCUUGCUCUCUCCGAUCUUCUGGUUCUCUUCCUGGGUCUUCCAAUGGAGUUUUACGCAGUGAUUGGGACCUCUUAUCCGUACGAAUUUGGCGAAUGGAUUUGUAAAGGAAGAGCGUAUCUGAUAGAAUUCACCAGUUACGCUUCAAUUCUUGUUAUUUGUUCCUUCACUGUGGAACGAUGGUUAGCUAUAUGUCAUCCGCUUCGAUCGCAAUUCGCGCCAAAAAUCUCUAGAGCCUAUAUGACGGUCAUUAUAAUGUGGAUCAUCUCAGCGUUCGCCGCUCUACCUAUAGGACAUAUUGUGAUAAUCAACCGUCUUCCGUUACCUCCAUGGGGAAUGGACCAGCCGUGGACCUCUCUGGUCUCAGAUGACUUCAAGACUGUUAAAGAUACCGAAUUCUGUGCUAUGGAUGUUACCGAGCAUGAACUCCAAAAACGUCUCAUCUAUAUUGCAUUCCUAGCAUUUUUUAUGGCCCCAGCCUUAUUGAUAACGAUGAUGUACUCACAUAUUGCGAUGCGCAUCGCCUCAAACGAUUCGUUGCUUGGCGUUGUCAAGGAGGCGCGAAUGAAGGCCAAUCAGAACGUCAUAAAAAUGCUAAUAUCAGUGGUUGUUUCGUUCUUCUUAUGCUGGUUGCCGUUUCAUAUUCAACGAUUGCUUUCGCUGUUUAUAACCGACCAUGAAGGGAACGUGUCGUCCGCGGUGGAAACAGUUGCCUCUCUAGUGUACUUCAUAUCAGGAUGUUGCUACUACUCGAACUCCGCCAUCAAUCCUAUCUUGUACAAUUUAUUCUCCCAAAAAUAUCGUAAAGCUUUUUCCUCCACUAUUCUUGGAAAUAAAAUAACGAAGAAGAUUCGGCCGCAGUGGUACACUGCAAAAUCUUCUGCAUUUUCCCGACGUUCCAAUCUGGAUAAUUCAUCUCACGGGCACAGAACCACGGGCAACUCUACCAAGCGGCUCAUACCUCAAAAACAGCGAUAUCUGGAUUGUUCGGAUAUCAAAACCGCUGCCAUCCUCGUCUAA